GCCGCGGGGCUCCUCCUCGCCAACUCCCUCGCCGUGCAGCCCCUCGCCGCCGCCGUGCUCCUCGACGCCAACGCCAUCAGCCGCGCCCACCCGGCCAGCGCCUCCUACCCGGGCCUCGUCAGGACGCUCAACCGCGACCUCAGGCGCCUCCUGCUCGACGUCGGCGCGUGCCUCCUCGCCGCCGUGCUCGCCGGCUCCGCGAUCAAGAUAGCCACCGUCUACGCCGCCGUCGCCGCCUUCUCCGUCCCCGACCGCCCCACCGCGUCCGCCGUCCUCGCCAGCGCGCGGGCCAACCUCCUGGGCCCCGCCCUCACCGUCGCCUUCGGGUACGCCCUCGAGGUCGCCUGCGCCGCCGCCAUCGUCGCCCUGGCGGCGCUCACCGUCUACCUCCUCGACUACUCCCUGCUGCUCCUCUUCCUCGACGCGCUGCUCGUGCUCCUCGCCUCGCUCUUCCUCGUCUACCUCACCGUCGUCUGCGCCGUCGCCGUCGUCGUCUCGGCGGCCGAGCCCGACCGCCGCGGCCCCGCCGCGGUCUCCCGCGCCUGGCGCCUCAUGCAGAGGAAGAACGCGCAGGCCGUGCUCUACGUCGUCGCCACGUGCGCGCUCGGUGCCGCGGUCUCGCCCAUGUACACGCUCGCGCUCAGGCGCUGGCCCAAGAGCGCGUGGACCGGGGUGGCCGCCGGAGUCGCCUACGUCCUCCUGCUCGGCGCCGUCGAGGUCUUCUCCGUCGCGGCGGUCACCGCAUACUACUUCGAGUGCAGGGAGAGCAAGGAGGAGGAAGACGAGAUGGCGCGUCACAGAUACGCCAAGCUGCCCAAUGGAGACGAAGCUAAUAUUUGACCAAUUCAUCACCCAAUUUUUUACUUGUCAAUAUUAUUUGUAGCGAACAAAUACUACUAACAGAGAACACGCAGAAUUAUUUA